GAAAGUUUUGCAUUUGAUCUUUUGGAAAUUGCAACGUCUGAAAGUCAUAUUCUUUCAUCAGAAUGUCAUCAUGAUGUGUUAAAAGGUGGCUGUUUGGUUUGCCAGUUCAGAGCGGAUUUAAAAUUGCCUCAUUUACCAGAAAUGGUUUUCCCUAAUAAUUCGAUAACCAUUCGCUGUAAAGAUCAACCCGAAGUUUUCAUAACCUUUAAUGCUUUGGAUGCACUAAAGGAAGUCAAUGCGGAAACUUCUCCAGAUGUACAAGUAAAGUCGAGUACAGCGUGGCAACAAGCUAGGUCAAAUAAAUAUGAUCUACACUCCGGUACUUCUUUCGAUUGGACUUUUACGAGCGAGUAUCAAGGAACAGUUCAAUUAUUCAAAAUUUCACCAACAAAUACUGCUAUUGAUGUUGAAAAAUUGAAGCGGCGUGAUCCAAUUGUCUUUUAUUCGCAUUUGACACUUUACGAGGAUGAAUUGGCUGACCAUGGAUGUGCACAGAUGGAUAUUCGUGUUAGAGUGAUGCCAACCUAUCUUUUUCUACUUGCUCGGUUCUAUUUGCGUAUAGACGAAGUUCUUGUGCGUAUCUUAGAUACAAGGCUUUUUGCAGAACGUGGAAAAGACUUUAUAUUAAGGGAAUGGACGAAACGAGAAGCCAAAAAUGUGAACAAUUCUAAUGAAAUCUGGCAACAUUUGCCUGUAAUUGAGUCGAAAACUUCAAAAUUAGUCAUACCCACUUAA